AUGGGUAGGUGCACUGACUUGGUCCGUGGAGCAAAAGACAAGAGGUUGAGAGUCAAAGGACCAGUGAGGAUGCCAACUAAAGUUCUCAAGAUUACCACCAGGAAAGCUCCUUGUGGUGAAGGAACCAACACAUGGGACAGAUUUGAGCUCCGUGUGCACAAGCGUGUGAUUGAUCUGUUCAGCUCUCCUGAUGUGGUGAAGCAGAUCACUUCCAUCACCAUUGAGCCUGGUGUUGAGGUCGAGGUCACCAUUGCUGAUUCUUAGAUUCAUGCUUUUUUUUAAUCUACAAAACUUGUCUUUGAAUUCCAGCGACUUCUCAGCUUUUUGUUUGUUUCAGACUUUUGUUUUGUUCCUAUAUAUGUUAUCCUUUUGAGUUUA